CCCCGUUUGCGUCUCCGCAGAGCCCGUACUUCUUGAACUUUGACUGCUUCUGAGCGGCGGCGCGGGGGGAUAAUACGCAUGCGUCGUUUCUUUGCAUGGCUAGCGUCCUUAUCCUAGCGGCGGCGGGAGCUGCGGUGGCCGCGCUGCUGGCACUGCGGCUGUGGGUAGUGCUCCAUUCUCAGGUCCUGGUGCCCCGUCAGUCUCUCAGUCUCUUGGUGGUGGCUGGGUCCGGUGGGCACACCACUGAGAUUCUGAGGCUGCUUGAGAACCUGUCCAAUGCUUACUCUCCUAGACAUUAUAUCAUUGCUGAUACUGAUGAAAUGAGUGCCCAUAAAAUAAAUUCUUUUGAACUAAAUCGAGCUGAUAGAGACCCCAGUACCAUGCUUCCCGAAUACUACAUUCACCGCAUUCCCAGAAGCCGGGAGGUUCAGCAGUCCUGGCUCUCCACGGUGCUCACCACCCUGUACUCCAUGUGGGUCUCCUUUCCCUUGACUCACAGAGUAAAACCAGAUUUGAUGACCAGUAAGUGGCAAAGCCGAGAUUCCAGCCGCGGCAGCCUGGCUGGAGGGCAAAGCCCGUUUCCCGGGCGAGCGGCCUGUGACGUCACACACGGACCCACACUCAGGAGGGCCCUUCAUUGCUUUCCUACUCUGCUGUCACGGAUUUCUUAAUGGACGUGGAACAAGAGACCCGUUCCCCACCAAUCAUUUCGUUGGUCCUGCUUGAGAAUCGGUGCCACCCUGCCAAGUCCCUGCAGUACAGCCCCGACGGCCGGGCCGGGCAGCUCCUCAUCAAACGGAAGUCCUGUCCCCUCCCGCUAAGCUCUGUCCUUUAACAGCGAGACGUCUCGUAGCGUUUGAGGUGUUCCUUUACUCAAAUCUGUUUCGGAAGUAUGAUGUACAUCUCAUAAAUGGUAAGAAAUUAUGACGAGACGGAGUGUCCGUGAAAAUGCAUGAAUACCUGAGAGGUUGCACAGUGAGCAUGCUGAGGCUGACCUAGCUUUUAUCGCUCUUUGGGCAAAUCUUCCCUGGAAAAAGUAGGCACAUCUGUCACCAGGACGUUUUCCUAGGUGUUUGGCUGAGAAGACUCUCGGAAUAGGGAAACUAUGUUGCUGUCUGGUUCGGUGGCCUUGGGACAGCCAGGAGGUAGUUCGUCAUGUGCUUUGACUUUAAUCAUCGAACGUCAGGUGCUGCGCCCGCUUCCGUUGAUGGCAAGGCCUGGAAUGUCAGAUGAAAUAAGCCUCUACUUCUCUAGAGAGAAAGUGAUUUUUUUUAGGGAUAAGAGCAUGUACAUUUUUUCACCUUUGAGUUUUGUUCUGCUCUGCACUUUGUUCCUAAGUGGCACUGGGUCCAUAGUUGACGCAUGAAAUUGGACUGCGUUCAGUCCCGGUUCCGUCCACGCCUGUCUGCACGCCGGCACAGCUUGCCCCAGCCCCCGCAGGUGAUCCUGCUGCCGAGGCUCCUGUCGGCCCAGAGCGCACGAGGCUUAGGCCACGGAGAGUUGUUAGAAAAGAUGCCAUCAUUUUUCCAGAAAUGUAUGUCCCAGAUGUUUUGCAGAGCCUUAACUUAGACAGUGGUUAGCCUGGAAUGUCAGAGGGAAAAAAAUCUCAUGUAUAUUAUAUCACUAAAGAUUUAGGACUAUCUUCCCGGAUUGCGACUGCUGUGCACACGUUCAGAGUGAGGUUUGCUCGGUUCCAGAUUAUUUGGUAAACAAGCGCCUGCUCUGCUCUGUGUUGUCGUUAUGGCUAAUUCAGGUCCUCAAGGUCACAUUAGCAAAGGGGCACAGCUUGAAAAACAUCGUGCUCUAGUCUCAACUCAAACUGAAGAUCAGUGGCUAGCUUGUCCUUUUGCAUUGCUCUUGAAACAUUCCGGAAUGCAGCUCUUACUGGAAGAGACUGUUCACGAAAAAUUAACUGCAUCAGUCUUUAAAUGAGAGACAAGGAAACCACACAUCCUGCCCACACCUACUUCCCUGGAAGAUUUUUAUCUACAGUUCAGUUGUCCUAGGGUUUCAGCAGCUUGCCAGGCUGCAAGUCUAACUAUUUCAAAUAGGACAUCCAAAAGUCAUCACGGGAAGCUUUAGCCAGGAACUUAGAGUGCUGUGAAGCCGUGUCAACAAGAGGAAUGUUGUACAAUUUUAGACUGAAUAGCAAGAAGUCCUUGCUGGAAAGGAGAUGACCCUAGCUUUCCCGUAUAAAAGCAACUUGAAACAUGUUUAUUUGGCCUUCCAAAGUGAGAUUCAAACUGAGAAAUGUACUACCCCCUUACUGUGCAGUUCCUUAGAUUGAAUCAGUGCUUUAUUUCUUCUGAAAAGCCCCAUCUCACCAAAAGGAGUUUGACAGCAAUGUCUUAAGCCUCUUUUAUCCACAGGAAGAACAUCAUCGUGAGCAUUAAAGUAGAUUGUCCUUCUCCACACAGCUCACUCCAUAUAGUGGGGCCAUGUGGAGUUUCUUCCCCAUGAUUUCAGCUCUGUCCAGCAAUGAGCAGACACCCAGAUUUUCUUGUCUGCCCUGAACUUUCUUCUGCUCAGCCCGCCACUCUAGUGCUCUAAAAACAAAUUGUCUACACUUAUGUUCUUCCUGCCGACUCAUUUUAAACAUGGAUUUGACAUAGCUCCCCCUUUUUCCCUUCUAGAGUAUUUAACUGACGCUAGCCUCUCUCUCAAGCAACAAACUUUGGAAUAAUUGUUUUGUACUCUCUUUCCUUAAUCCAUAUAGAAUUGGUUUCUCUGCCCUUAUUUUUAGUAUCCCCAGAAUUUUCCCUUGUCUUUCCAUCCUCUUCUCUCCUUGUCAUCUGAAUUCACCUAUUGAUUCUGCCUUUGAACCAGUUCACACUCAGCCUUUCCUCUUCAGUCCCAUGGUCACAACCUAAGCUAACUCUUCAACAUAAAUUCCUUGUUUUAUUAGCACAUUUGUUGAGGAACUGAGGCAUAGGGAGAUUAAGUAUCUUAUCCAAGAUUUUAUAACUAGAAAGUGGCAGAGCCGGGAUUUGAACAAAGGCACUCCAGCUCCAGCCAGACUUACCUUAACAGCUAGGUUAGGUUUAAAAAAAAAGUGCCAGGAAUGGGGAUGAACGGGGCACUGUGAUGGAGAAGAAGGUGCUGGGUGCUCUAGAAAGGGAUAUCAGGAAAGGCCUCUCUAAGAAGGAUGUUUUAGCUGAAAUCUGAAGGAUAAGCCUGGAAUAUUUGUUCUCCUCCUUCCACUUCCCUUCCCAGCUUACAUUUCACCUCCACCACAAACUCAUCCCCAUCUCCCACAGCCUUGUUUCAGCAACUUCUUCUCUAAACACCUCGGUGACAUAGCCACCCAUACCUAAGGUUAGAACUGAGCUACAGACCAUCAUAUUGCAGUACCUUGUGCUUAGAAACACCUGUAGAGGGAAGAAAUGAAUGCUUCUGAUCAUUAUUUCUUUAUGUUCACCUUACAUCAGGGAUUAUACCUCAUACUUUCAUGACCUUGCUCCACUCUUGGUCACACCUGCCACAGUUCUGGACCAAAUGUAGGCAUUGACUACACAUAUAAAUUCUCAUACAUUCAGACUUUGUCUAGGCCUACUUAGUUACAGCUCAUCUAGACCAACGUUCUCAAACUUUUUGGUCUCAGGACCUCAUUACACUCUUGAAAAUUAUCGAAGACCCCACAAACUUUUGUUUAUGGUGGCUAUAUUUGUCACUAUUUACCACAUUAGAAAUUAAGACAGGGAAAGUUUUUAAACACAAUAAUACACAGGACACAUAUCAUUAGCCAUCAGAGCAAUGGUAUUCUUACACAUCAUGAAGCAUCUAGAAAACUAUAAGAUCAUGAGAGAAUGAGAAGGAAAAAGGGAAAUGACAUCUUUGCAUUAUUAUGGACAAUAGCUUUGACCUCAUGGACCCCUGAAAAGGUCUUGAGGACCCCCCAGAGGCCCCUGGGCUAUAUUUGGAGAACUGCUGCUCUACAUAAUGGUGCAUCAAUAACUUCAUUUCUGUCAGCCUUUAAACAGUCAAUGAUCUACGUACUAGUUUUCUAUUGCUGUGUAACAAAUAGCCACAAAUUCAGUGGCUUCAGACAACACCUGUUCUCUCACUAUUCUAUAGGUUAGAAAUCCAGGCAGGGCAUGACUGCUUCUCUGCUCAGGGUCUCACAAGGCUCUAAUCAAGGAGACAGCCACGGCUGGGUUCGGAUCUGGAACAGACAAUGGACCUUCUUCCAAACUUGUUCAGGUCGUUGCUGGCAGAAUUCAGUUCCUUGCAGUUAUAGGACUCGUGGUGACCUGUUCCUUAAAGGCCAGUGAGAGUCUCUACUGCUGCUUGUCUCUUUUAAGGCACUGAUGUGACUGGGUCAGGUACACGUAGGAUAAUCUUCCUUUUAAUUAACUCAAAAUGAACUGAUGAGGGACUAUAAUUGCAUCUGCAAAGUCCCUUUUGCUGUAUUAAUGUAACAUAAUCAGGGGAGUGAUAGCCCAUGAUAUUCACAGGCCCCACCAAUACUUGGGGAUUAUAAAGGUGUGUAUGCGACAGGGUAGGAUAUUGGUGGCCAUCAAGAAUUCUGCCAGCCACAAUCUGCCAGAGGUGCUUUGUUUUGGCAGGGGGGAAAUGUUUUUCAAAUCUUUCACUUAGACUAUAAACUCCUACCUUAGUGUCCCAAGUUUUGUAAUUUUUUUUUAAUACAGGAAAUGCAGGUCUUCCAAACUGCAUCACUUUUCCAGCAAGUUCUUCUGUGCUUGGUUUGUUUACCUGUCAAAUAGGCAUAAUGAUGGUCCCUCCUUAGAGACUUGUGUGCACUAAACUAAGAUGGCACAUGUACCCCCUUUAGCACAGAGCCUGGCACAUAAGAAGCCCUGAGUAACUCUGUGUCUCCAAGUAAGCACGUGACUCCCAUGGUAUGUAAGUGGCCUGAAGGAAGGGGUCCUUAAGCUAAGUGCAGCAACCAUUUCCCACCCUCUAGGAUAGCUAUCAUAAAAAGUUGUCUUAAAAGAAAAGAACAAGGGUUUCCAAGGAUGUGGAGAAAUUGAAACCCUCAUACGUAGGUAGGUUCGGCAGCUGUGGACAACAGUUCCGCAGUUCCUUAAAAAGUUAAACAUAGGGGCGCCUGGGUGGCUCAGUUGGUUAAGCAACUGCUUUCGGCUCAGGUCAUGAUCCUGGAGUCCCUGGAUCAAGUCCCGCAUCGGGCUCUCUGCUCAGCAGGGAGCCUGCUUCUCCCUCUGACCCUCCCCCCUCUCAUGUGCUCUCUCUCUCUCUCUCUCAUUCUCUCUGUCUCAAAUAAAUAAAUAAAAUCUUUAAAAAAAAAAAAAAGUUAAACAUAAAUUUACUGUAUGGCCCAGCAAUUCCACUCUUAGGUAUAUACCCCAGAGAAUUGAAAACACACGUUCACACAAAAACUUAUACGCAAACAUUCAUACCGGCAUUACGUAAUAGACAAAAAGCAGAAACAGCCCAAAGGUCCACUGAGCAAUGAAUGGAUUAAAAAAAAUGUGGUAUAUCCAUACAACAGAACAUGACUUGGUCACAGAAAGGAAUGACGUGAUACGACAUGGGUAAAUGAACCUUGGAAGCAUGCUCAGUGGAAGAAGCCAGUCACAAAAGGCCACAUAUCAUAUGAUUCCCUUUAUACGAAAUGUCCAGAAUAGGCAAAUCCAUAGACGGAAAAUAGAGCUACUGUUGCCAGAGGCUGUGGAAGGGGCCAUGGAGGUGACUCCUAACGGGGGUGGGAUUUCUUUUCGGGGUGAUGAAAAUGUUGCAGGAUCACGUAGUGCUUGUGGUUGUACAACUCUAUACCAAACGACUGAACUGUAUGUACACUUUACAUGGGUGAAUUUUAUGGUAUGUGAGUUAUUUCUCCACAAAAAGGGUUUCUCCAUCACCAAUAGUAAAGGAAUCUAUCCAUACAUAUUUGUGGGUGAAUAUAUAGAUGGAAAAAGGCGAAACAGCAAACUAAGCACAGCCGCCAGGAAGCUGCUACAGGGAAUGUGCUUGUUUAUUGUGAUUCUACCUCUGCCCACGGCCAGAGACGAAACAAAGACUGAAGGUGCCGGGGACAAAGCAUGGCUUUGGGGAAGAGCUGAGUAAGAACUGGAUGAAAUAGCCUAGUGAGGGGGAAGAGACCAUCUUCUUCCUUCCUACUGGAGGAAGAAGAUGGUCUCAGCAUGAAAUAACUCCUUCCCCGACCUCCUCACUAGAGACGCCUCAUGACACGGCCUCACCCCAGCAAAGAGCCAAGACGACUGAGUCAUUUGUAUUGUCCACAGUUGGCCAUCCACAUGCCUUCUGCGGGAGGACCUUGACUUCUCCAUCAGGAGGUAGAGUCGGUGGCUCACCCCUUGAAUCUAACUAAACUGGCCUGAGGGGCUUGUCGGACCACUAGAAUGCAGCAAGAGUGGGAAGUGAUGUUCUGACUUGGUCUCUUGAAUGUCCUCUCAGUACCCAGCCACCCAUGCUUCGAGAAGCCCCAGCCACACUCAGAGACCAUGUGUGGGUGUUCUGGUUCCCGGACGUAUCUGAGUACAGACUUUGCAUCGCCUCGAUCCAGGGUGCUAGACGUGUGAGGAGAGAAGCCUCCCGACGAUUCCAGUGCUGCCGUUCUCAGCACUCCCUGCCUUUCUAGUCCUCCUGGCUGAGGCUCAGGCACUAUGCCCUGUGAAUUUCUGGCCCACAGAGUCCCUGAACAAGACGAAAUGGCUGCUAUUUUCUGCCACUAAGUUCUGGGGGAAUUUGUGACAAAACAACAGGUAAUUAGAACAGUAACCUUUCAGAAGGAGCCAGUCUCUCCAAAGCUUGGUUACUUCGGCUUAAUAUUGGAGAGGAAACGAUUUCUCGCCCCUAAGGCAAAAGGAAGAAAACAUCUUUCUACACCAUGGGUAGGAAAAGGCUUUUUUUCUCCUUGCUCCUUGGCCUGCAUGUAGCAGUGAAACAGAAACCAAUGGAUUCUUUUAAAUCUUUUAACCAUAUGCAGAUGAAUAAGCAAAUGGUUGGACUUGGUUCCUAAUCUCUUGUCCUUUCCUGAAUAACUUUUUUUUUCCACUCUAAUAAACUUUAGCAUUUAAACAGAAGUCAUGUGUCACAUAUAUGACGAUUAACAGCAAGAAUGUAGAAAACGAGAUAGCUGCUGAGCACGAAAACUUAAUUAAUAGCCAAGCCAUUCAACCGAAAACCAGAACAGUGUUUCUGGCAGGGAAAUGUGAAAUCUUUUUUUUCUAACUUGGAAUUCUUUUUUUGUUUUUUUUCGCUCUCAGUCUUUUCUAAGAUCGUGAUUUAAAAUUCAGUGACUACACAGAGAACUUUUUUAAGUUCUCAGUUGAACUCCACUGAUUGAAGUGCAAUAAUCUUUCAAUGACAUGAGCAGGGCCACCCUCCCCAUCCCUGGGUCCCCCCGGGGGAAUUGCCAAAGCCCAGAAUACACAAACCAAGACUCAUGGAGGAACAAAAUGGCAGGAAAGCUGAACAACAGCAAGGAGGAUGAAAGAGUUUGGAACGACAGGCUUCUCUCUCACAAAAAGGGAAAAGAAGUUUCAUUCUUAAAAAAAAAGGGGGGGGCGGGAGAAAACAAGACCUUUACGGUAAUACCAUAUACAGAGUUGGCAGAAAUUCGGCAAAGAAUAAAAAGUAUCCAAAAUGUUCCCUUACUCAGUUCCCGCCUGAGGCUCCAUUUUCAAGCUGAUUUGCCCUGAAUUCUCUGGACGUGGAACCGUGCAAGGCUUCUAGAAGGGCCCAAGUGUUGGUCUCUUGACUCACCAGCCGAACAAGCUGAAUCUGAAGUGGCCAGAUAGAGAGCUUUAAUGUUCACCAAAAUCGUAGAGAAAACAAGUUAUUUAUGGAUGAAAUGAUAGAAGGUCUGAGGUUUGAUUCAAAACCCAUUGCCGGAGUGGGGAAGGCAGGGGAGUUUAUGGAUGAAACAGGAUUGGCCAGACAUAAUCACUGCAGAGGCUGGGGACAGUGGGUGCACAGGGCCUCGUACACCAGGCUCAUCAUAUUGUUGCCUCUACUUUCCUAUAUGUUUGAGCAUUUCCAUAAUUAAAAGUUGUGGGGUGCCUGGCGGGCUCAGUCAGAGGGGCGUGAGACUGUUGAUCUUGGGGUUAUGCGUUCAAGCCCCACGUUGGGUGUCUAGAUUACUUAGAUAAAAAUAAACCUUUAAAAACAGUUUUAAAAACAGAAAUCAAUUUUUAGUGAGAGUGAGCAAUCUUCAGAUGCUAAAACGUCAAAGAAUAUAUUAUGGAUAAAAUGAAGCAAACUAGGUUUUACAAUGAGAACAAGAAAGGAAAUUUGAAAAUUACUUUUAUUUCAUGUUUAACUCAUGAAAAGAAAUUCAGUCAGCCUGUAAAUCUGAUUCCUGAACCAGAAUAGGUUUUUCUGACUUAAAAUAUUCACUCUGGGGCCUUUCAAUACACUGCUAUGGAGUAUAAAAUGUCACCUUCUUCUUUAUCCAUAUGCUUCUCAUUGUGCAGUAAAUAUUUGAGGUGUUCCAACACCAACAUGGAGAACCAUUCACAGGAGGCCUAGGAGCGUUGACUCCCACUGAAGGUGCCCCUUUCUCCAAGGACACACUCCCUGCCCCUUUUCAGAAAAUCACCACAGCACCAGUCACCUCUGUGGACCUUGAACAUUAAAGGUGGUUCUGACCCCACAUCUUCAUGUUGCUGAAGAGAAUGCACUGCCAAGCAGAGAGAGGAAAGGCAGCUGGAUGGUAAGAGCCUCAGGUCCAGGUUCUAUAUGUGUUUAACAGUGGUUGAUUUUAAUAUUUCUGUGUUUCCUCACCACAUCAAAUAAAGGACUUGGACGAGAUCAUGCUUGAGUUCUCUUCCCAUAACAGUAUGGCCGCCACAAUUGUAGCAUCCUUCGUUUAUGGAGCGCUAGCAACAUGCCACGUGCUGUACUAAGCCCGGGUCAGGCACUGACCCAGUUAAUCCUCAGAUCCAGGCCACAGAGGCCCCACACUCUAGAGACCCCUCCACGGCCCACUUCCCUCCUUGUGGGGCCAGGAUGAUGCGAGCACCCGGAACCCACACUUCCUUUCUAGAGGAAAGGGCCCUCCCUAGGACCGC